CCCAGCGCUCGGGAAAGGCCGGCUCCGAGGCGUCGGAAGGGCUUGAUGGCUGUAAAGGGAAGUGGGGAGGAAGGUUAGGCGGGCCCCGGCCUUUUUUCAAAACGACCAGGAGCUUCUUCGCCCCCGGUAGCGCCUUUCUGCUGGUCGGAUGCUCCGAAGUCGAAACCUGGAGGCUGAAGGAACGCGGGCUACGCGAUAAUUAUCUAAAAUUUCCAACAUGCCCUGGAUCACUGUUUUAAGAACUGCUUCCUUUCGAACACAGCACUUGCCUGUACAGUCUAGCAUCCUACGUUUGUUUUCCAGUCAUCUUCCAAAUCAGGUUACUGAAAAUGCAGAAAAACAGCUAUCACACCAGCAGAAUGCUGGUACCUCAAAAGGAAACCUGAUUCUCAAAGUUCCCAAGGGUACCAGGGAUUUUAGCCCAAAGCAAAUGGCUAUCCGUGAAAAAAUCUUGAGCACCAUAAUUAGUUGUUUCAAGCGUCAUGGAGCAGUAACAAUAGAUACUCCUGUGUUUGAGCUAAAGGAACUCUUGCAAGAGAACUAUGGUGAAGAGGCAAAGUUGAUUUAUGAUCUGGAAGAUCAAGGAGGAGAGAUGCUGUCUCUUCGAUAUGACUUAACUGUGCCAUUUGCUCGUUUCUUAGCUAUGAACAAAAUUAAACGAUGUAAACGUUACCACAUUGCAAAAGUCUAUAGGCGUGAUAGCCCAUCCGUAAAGAGAGGACGCUUCAGGGAGUUUAUCCAGUGUGAUUUUGACAUUGCUGGCCAAUACGAUCCUAUGAUUCCUGAUGCAGAGUGUUUGAAAGUCAUACAUGAGAUCUUAACUGCCAUGCAAGUUGGAGAUUUCCUUAUCAAAAUCAAUGAUAGACGCAUUUUGCAAGGGAUCUUUACAAUAUGUGGUAUUCCAGAAAUCAAAUUUGAAAGGAUUUGCUCAACUCUUGACAAAUUGGAUAAGAUCUCAUGGGAGGAAGUGAAAAAUGAAAUGAUCCUAGAGGAUGGUAUUUCUCCUGAGUGUGUCAAUCGUAUUAGUGAAUAUGUUCAACUUCAUGGGGGACAAUGUCUCAUUGAGAAACUUCUCAAAGAUCCAAAACUGGCACAGAACAGAUUGGCUAUGGAAGGGUUGGAGGACAUGAAAUUGCUAUUUGAAUACCUUACUCUAUUCGGCAUCGUAGAUCAGGUCUCCUUACAUCUGAGUCUGGCUCGUGGUCUGGCUUAUUACACUGGAGUCAUUUAUGAGGCUGUUUUAUUGUGCCAGAAGCAUAGCCACCUAAAUGAGUCUCUUAGCGUAAGCAGUGUGGCUGGAGGUGGACGCUAUGAUGAGCUUGUAGCAAAGUUCGGUUCAAAAAGACAUAAAGUACCUUGCGUUGGUCUCAGCAUUGGUGUUGAAAGGAUCUUCUCUAUCAUAGAGCAGAAUAAUGAGAUGGCCAAGGAGAAGAUCCGCACAACAGAGACACAAGUAUUGGUGGCAACUCCCCAGAAAAAUUUCCUUACAAUCAGAAUGAAGUUAAUAUCUGAAUUAUGGAAUUCUGGCAUCAAGGCAGAGAUGUUAUAUAAAAAAAAUCCCAGACUACUGGAACAACUGCAAUAUUGUGAAGAAACAGGAAUCCCACUGGCAAUCAUCAUUGGAGAACAGGAGCUGAAUGAUGGAGUAGUGAAACUUCGGGAUGUUGUGACUAGGAAAGAGGUUAAUGUCCCUCAAGAGCAUUUUAUAGAGGAGAUCAAGAGAAGGUUGGAAAAACACAAUACUUAAUUUCAUGUAAUUGACAUUUUAUACUGCUGCUAAGGCUGAUUUAUAUUCUUAUAUCUUGAUGUUAUGGAAUACUGCAGGUUUGUGAAGCACCUGGAGUUGUCUGAUAUUUCUUUCCCUUUUUUGUAAUAAAAUAUUAUUUCACAUUUUAGUCACACAAACUAAGAUUUAAAGAUCUGGAUUUGUGUCAUUGUACUUUUCUUAUCCACUAUUGCUAUGUACAUAGGCUUAAGUAUGCUGUCCUUUCAAAAAGAACUAGCUUUGCUGUUAUUGUCAUUAAUUAUGUUCUCCAUUUACAUUGCUAAUCUGAUUUGCAUGUCAGUUCCCAAAUCUGCAGCUAACUACACAGUUGUAAAGCAGUGCUGACAGAUUUGUGAAUGAUUGAUAAAUGUUUUUGACUCAUUGGUUUAGCCAUCUGGCAAAACUCGCCAUCUAUAGUAGCCUGUUGAUCGAUGGCUUUACAGACAUGCAGAGUUUUGAAUCCAUGCUGGUUAAGCCAUCUGUCAAAAUCAAGUGUUUCAACAGAUGCAAUCAUAAAAUAGAGUUUCAUUCUUGAAAAAGUACUUCUUUUGAAAUAACUGAAUUCUCAUGCUUUUAUUCACCGUUUCCCAGAGCUGAUCUGCAGGACACAAACAGAAUGGACCUGCAAGAGAGUGCCCUGGGAUGAUAAGAGAAGGGUCAUUAUUUCACCAGGCUUAACUGAUCAAUAAUUACUGAUCUGAUCACAUUCCCUGUUGCCACUUGACUAUACAACUAGCAUGUAUAUCUGUAACAGCCUAUAUUCAGUUGUGGUCUCCUGUGGAUUGUUAACUUGACAUAAGGAAUUUAGGACUGACCUUGGGGAAGGUAUGAAAGAAAUAUUGGAAGUGGGGUGUUGGCAGGAGUAAGAAACUAUUGGGAAAGUGAUAGAAAAAAAUAAACCAGGCCUAAGAUAGAAGGAAACUCAACAUGAUUUUUUUUAUGGUAGUAUAAGAUGGGACAGAGAGAAUCUGAAACAAUCUUUCAAGGUUCUAUUAUAGAAUGGAAUGGAAUUCUUUAUUGGCCAAGUGUGGUUGGACCCACAAAAAAAUUGUCUUUGAUGCAUAUUUCAGUGUACAUAAAAGAAAAGAUACAUUCGUCACAAAUCAUUAUUCUAACUCUUAACAAAGAGCAUUCACAGAAUCACUCCCAUGCCUUUUUUUGAGCUGGUGUGUCUUGAAGGCCUGACAUAUACUCCCACUGGGAAACAGUGUAGUUUAGCUUCAUAUAGUGCAUAUUCCCAUAGGAGAAAGAAGGAGGGGCUGAAGAUAUUGGGGUGGAGGAAAAGCUGAAAAAAU